AGAGUCUAGAGGUAUCAGAUUGCGUUUCCGGCUGCCUGUUCCUUUUGCCCCUCCCUGCCCCACUCUGCACCUGUCCCUCUGCCACCCACCCACAUUUUCCAGCCUGUGGACUGGAGGGACAGACGCAAGACCUAGUUGGAGGGACCGGAUGGCGGGGCCUGUGUUAACGCUGGGGCUGCUGGCCACCCUGGUCAUUUGUGGCAGCUGGGGCCUGAACGAGGAGGAGCGACUAAUCCGGCACCUGUUUGGGAAGGGCUACAAUAAGGAGGUCCGGCCUGCAGCGAACAAAGAGGAGAGCAUGGACAUCUCACUGGCCCUCACCCUCUCCAACCUCAUCUCCCUGAAAGAAGUUGAGGAGACCCUCACCACCAACGUGUGGAUUGAGCACGGCUGGAUAGACAACCGGCUUCAGUGGGAUGAGAAAGAAUUUGGGAACAUCAGCGUCCUGCGCCUGCCUUCUGACAUGCUGUGGCUCCCAGACAUUGUGCUGGAGAAUAACAAUGAUGGCUUCUUCCAGAUUUCCUACUCCUGCAACGUGCUGGUCUAUUCUUCAGGCGAUGUGUACUGGCUGCCGCCCGCCAUCUUCCGCUCUUCUUGCCCCAUCUCCGUCACCUACUUCCCCUUCGACUGGCAGAACUGCUCUCUCAAGUUCAGUUCACUCAAGUACACGGCCAAGGAGAUCACCCUGAACCUGAAGCAGGAAGAAGAAGAUGGCCGCUUCUACCCCGUGGAGUGGAUUAUCAUUGACCCCGAGGGCUUCACAGAGAACGGGGAGUGGGAGAUAGUGCACCGGCCGGCCAAGGUCAACGUGGACCCCAGCAUCCCGCUGGACCGUCCCGGCCGCCAGGACGUCACCUUCUACCUCAUCAUUCGCCGCAAGCCCCUCUUCUACAUCAUCAACAUCCUCGUGCCUUGUGUACUCAUCUCCUUCAUGAUCAACCUGGUCUUCUACCUGCCCGCCGACUGUGGCGAGAAGACAUCAAUGGCCAUCUCGGUGCUCCUGGCACAGUCUGUCUUCCUGCUGCUCAUCUCCAAGAGGCUGCCGCCCACGUCGAUGGCAAUCCCCCUCAUUGGCAAGUUCCUGCUCUUCGGUAUGGUACUGGUGACCAUGGUCGUGGUGAUCUGUGUCAUCGUGCUCAACAUCCACUUCCGCACCCCCAGCACCCAUGUGCUGUCCGAGGGGGUCAAGAAGCUCUUCCUAGAGACCCUACCCAAGCUCCUACACAUGUCCCGCCCGGCAGAGGAUGGGCCCAGCCCCAGGACCCUGGUCCGGAGGAGCAGCUCCCUGGGCUACAUCUCCAAGGCUGAGGAGUACUUCUCGCUCAAAUCCCGAAGUGACCUCAUGUUCGAGAAGCAGUCAGAGCGGCAUGGGCUGGCCCGACGCCUCACCACUGCACGCCGGCCCCCAGCAGUCUCUGAGCAGGCCCAGCAGGAGCUCUUCAGUGAGCUGAAGCCAGCCGUGGAUGGGGCCAACUUCAUUGUCAACCACAUGAGGGAUCAGAACCGUUACAGUGAGGAGAAGGACUGUUGGAGCCAGGUGGCCUGCACAGUGGACCGACUCUGCCUGUUUGUGGUGACGCCCAUCAUGGUGGUGGGCACGGCCUGGAUCUUCCUGCAGGGCGCCUACAACCAGCCUCCACCUCAGCCUUUCCCCGGGGACCCCUUCUCCUACCUGGAGCAGGAUAAGCGCUUCAUCUAGAGUGGGCCUGCCCUGCCAGGCCUGGCCCAGCUCUCAGGCUGGCAUGAUGAACACUCUAUGGAGAGUCCCACAAGUUAAGGAACUGAAGCCUCCUGCCAACAAGUACAUGAGUGAACUUGGAAGUGGGUUCUCCAGCCCCAGUGGGGCCUUCAGAUGAGAUCGCAGCCCCAUGACAGCCCCUGAGUCAGAACCACUCAGCUGAACUGCUCCUGGAUUCCUGACCCCCAGAAACUGUGGGAGAUAAUAAAUAUGUGUUAUUUAAGAGACAAAGUUUUGGGGUAGUUUAUAGCAGUGUGAGCUUGGAUGAGCCACUCCUCAUCUCUUGGCUUCAGUUUUCUCAUCUGUAAAAUGAGCAUAAAAUAAGUCUCAUAGACA